ACAUCCGUGCCGUUUGCCAGCUAGCCUCUUCUAGCUCUUCUGUGUAGCUUUCCUGUCGCUGUGUGUGUGUUUGAUGAGGUGUGGAGGAAAGAGGAGAUGUGGUCCUUUUUUGCCCGGGAUCCUGUCAAAGACUUUGCAUAUGAACUUCUGCCAGACACCCAAGAAAAGUCUGGAAUAUGGAGUCUACAUCGGGGAAAGCGAAAGACCAAUGGCGAGCCAGUGUCCGUGUUUGUGUACGAGGUAGCACAGGGAACAGAGCAGCAAACCCAGCUGGCCAAGGCCGCCUUCAAGCGCAUGAAGACCCUGCGGCACCCUAACAUCCUGGCUUAUGUCGAUGGAUUGGAGACAGAGAAGAGCCUGUACCUGGUUACCGAGCAGGUGACGCCCUUGUCAGUCCACCUGAAAGCCCAGGCAGAAAAGGGUGGAGCUGGGGACCUGGAGGUCUCCUGGGGACUGCACCAGAUAGUGAAAGCUCUGAGCUUCCUGGUCAACGACUGCCAUCUGCUCCAUAACAACUUGGGUGUAUGGGCUGUUUUUGUCGAUCGAGCUGGGGAGUGGAAGCUUGGGGCCCUCGACCAUGUGGUCCCUGAGCAGGGUGACACAAGCGGGGUCUCACUCCCUGCCCCCAAGGCUGUUUACCCAGACAUGGAGAAAUAUGACCCACCGGAGAUGCCCAAUAGCAGUGGAGAGAAAUGGGCAGGGGAGGUGUGGCGACUGGGCUGCCUAAUCUGGGAGGUGUUCAACGGGCCACUACCUCGCACAUCCUCCCUUCGCUCCCUUGGAAAGGUCCCCAAGUCCCUGGUCCCUCAUUACUGUGAACUGGUGGGGGCUAAUCCCCGAGCUCGGCCCAACCCAGCCCGCUUUCUCCAGAACUGCAGAGCCCCCGGGGGGUUCCUCAGCAACAGCUUUGUGGAGAGCAACCUUUUCCUGGAAGAGAUACAGAUCAAGGAGCCCGCUGAGAAGCAGCAGUUCUUCCAGGAUCUGAGUGACAAUCUGGACUCCUUCCCUGAAGACUUCUGCAAACACAAGGUCCUGCCUCAGCUGCUCACCGCCUUCGAGUUUGGCAAUGCAGGCGCUGUCGUCCUCACACCGCUCUUCAAGGUUGGGAAGUUCCUGUCAGCAGAAGAGUACCAACAGAAGAUCAUUCCUGUGAUCGUGAAGAUGUUCUCCUCCACAGACAGAGCCAUGAGGAUACGACUGCUGCAGCAGAUGGAGCAGUUCAUUCAGUAUCUAAACGAGGCAGCAGUCAAUUCCCAGAUUUUCCCUCACGUCGUUCACGGCUUCACAGACACCAACCCUGCCAUCAGAGAACAGACUGUGAAGUCUAUGUUGCUGCUGGCUCCCAAGCUGAAUGAGACCAACCUGAACCAGGAGCUGAUGCGUCACUUUGCCCGGCUGCAGGCCAAAGACGAACAAGGCCCAAUCCGGUGCAACACUACCGUCUGCCUGGGCAAGAUCGCCUCCUACCUCAAUGCCGGGACUCGACAACGUGUUCUGAUUUCUGCCUUCUCACGAGCCACUAAAGACCCCUUCCCGGCUUCCCGCUCUGCUGGUGUACUGGGCUUCGCCGCCACACACAACUACUACAGUGUAACAGAGAUCGCCGCCCGCAUCCUGCCCAACCUCUGUGCCAUUACUGUUGACCCCGACAAGAGCGUCAGGGACCAGGCAUUCAAAGCCAUCAAAAGUUUCCUGACCAAGCUGGAGACUGUGUCAGAAGACCCCACCAAGCUGGCUGAUAUAGAAAAGGACGUAGCGUCGUGUGCUCAGCCUGCAGGUGCCUCUUCCAGCUGGGCCGGCUGGGCCGUGACUGGAGUGUCCUCACUAACGUCCAAGCUGAUCCGCACCGCUCCAGGGACAGAGGGGGGUGCAGCAGCUGACGGCAGCAUGCCCGCCAGCGACAGCAACCCUACCAAUGCCACCAGUGCACCUGCACCUGAUUCUGAACAUAAAACUCCACAAUCCACUGUGACUCGCCAUCCUCCCUCUAGCCGUGCCAACCAAUCACAGAGUCUUGAAGUAACAGACAAUGAUGACGAGCCAAUAGGUGACCGCUGGGAUGAGGAGGAGGAUUGGGGAAGUUUAGAGGACCCAGAGAAAGCACACACUGACCCAGAUGACUGGAACACAGACUGGUCAGGAAUGGUAUCAUCCAAAAAGAAGGCCAGUGACAGAGGAGUGGGCCGGUCCUCGUCGUCCACGGCGGUGAAAAAGCAGAGCUCUGACUGGAGCAGCUCAGGCUGGGACGCUGAUGACAGCUGGUCCAAUGAGAAGGAAGGGCAGGGUCAGAGCUCUGCGGGCGAAGAAGGCUGGGGCAACGACUGGGGGGAGGAGGACACGGACACAACCUUGACCAGCGCAACGCUCCCCCUUCCUGAAGGGGUGCGGUUGGCCAGCGAUUACAACUGGGACAGCAGCAGCACAGCCAAGGGGGCCAGUCAGAAUGAUCUGUUCGCCAGCGUGUCCCAGAGAAACACAGCCAGCACUGCUGCCACCACGGCUGGAGAUGGCUGGGGUGCAGAGGCAACAGGGGACUGGGGAGCUGAGGAGAGCUGGGAGUCAGUGGAUGGGAACCAGGGUCUCAGCAAGGCCGAGCUGUCCAAGAAGAAAAGGGAGGAGAGGAGGAAAGAGCUGGAGGCAAAACGGGCAGAGCGCAAAGCUGCUAAAGGUCCUCUCAAACUGGGCGCACGCAAGCUGGACUGACGGGGGAUGCAAAAGCAGAUUAGAGAGUCGGGAUGGAGAGGGAGGAACAUGGACCAGUGACUGCACCCGGAGCAGCGGAUGGAGGAUUGACAUUCCACAAACAAAGGACCAGAAAGAAGUGUUAGAAGUUGAGAAAAAAAACUGUGAACAGUGUUUCGCUAUAAUAGAGGCGUUGGUUGUUGUUUGAGCGGAGGAAAGUGUUACUGUUGGUCUGAUGACAGACAGGUGAAAAAGCAACAGUCCAGUGAUUUACGAAUGCAUUAUUGGGGAUGGCAGAGCAGAAACAAAUGCAGAGACGGAAAAGCGAUAUAGAAAAUCUAGGAAGACAUGAAGCAGCACUUCUUGCAGCAGAGUUGAUCACACAAAAUGUCCCCCUCUUUUUUUUUUUUCUUUUUAAAUGCAUAACUCAAAGUUGCAGUUGUAAAGUAAAUGUAUAUAAAUGGUGCAUCUUGUCUUAAAAUGACAAAGAUAUGACACUUUUUUUUAAAAUUGAGAAAUAUAUAUAUAUAAAAAAGAAUUUAAACAUGUAUUCUACUGAAUGUUGUUCAGUAAUCUCUCUCACACACACACACACACACACACACACAGUGGAUAUGAAUGUUUUAGUUCAGCUGUCACUAACUUACAGAUUUAAGAUCAAUCCAUGCAUGCACUUGUAUAUUUGUGCGGCCCAACAAAAGAUUUCCUGGCAAAGAACUACAAAUUUGUUGUCUACUUUGCACAUUCAACACUGGAUUUUACUGUACUGAACUGGCCCGAGGGGACACACAUUUGACUGAUCUCAGAUCUGUAAAUGUGGAACAUGCACUGCUGAUGCGUGAUGAGCACAUGGAAAUGCAGUAAGUAGUUAAACUGAGGCUAGAGAACUGGUUUUAAGGGAAAAUCAAUUUGUGUGUUUACAUGUCUUUUCCUAGUGUGUUCUAUGCAGGGUAGUGCUGUGGAUGAAGGGUUAUGAAAUCUUAAGUCCUGUUAUGUUUUUGUACGUGUAUAAUCCUGCAGAUCUCACUAAAAACUUUUGAGAUCAUCUGAGGAAGUACAAUUUACAAUCAGUCAUUUUUGGCAGUGGGUGUGGUCAGUAAAGGAGAUUGAAGUAGA